AUGAUUGUGUCUGCGCUAUUGACAUCUGUUGGCAUCAACACUGCUUUGUGUGUGUUGUUCUUCACACUGUAUUCUAUAUUGAGGAAACAACCGAGCAAUUAUGAAGUUUAUGCGCCUCGCUUGUUAGCUGAAGGAACAUCGAAGAGGAGGAGUCGUUUCAACUUAGAGAGACUAAUUCCUUCUGCAGGUUGGGUUGCAAAAGCUUGGAGGCUUUCUGAGGAGGAACUGUUGUCAUUAUCAGGGUUAGAUGGUGUGGUGUUUAUGCGCAUGAUAACCUUCAGUUUGAAAAUAUUUACCUUUGCUGGCAUGAUUGGGAUUCUUGUGAUUCUUCCAGUUAAUUGUUGGGGAAAUCAGCUAAAAGAUAUUGAUAUUGUGGACUUUGUCAACAACUCCUUGGACGUGUUCACUAUAUCAAAUGUAAACAGUGGCUCUCAGUGGUUAUGGGUUCACUUCAGUGCUGUAUAUAUUGUUAGUGGAUUCAUAUGCAUGCUACUUUUUUUGGAAUAUAAAUACAUAUCGUCUAGAAGAAUUUCCUACUUUUAUUCUUCUGAACCUCAGCCUCAUCAUUUCACCAUUUUAGUUCACAGCAUUCCCUCUACCUCCUCUAGCAGCAUCAGUUACAGUGUUGAGAAAUUCUUUAGUGAGCUUUACCCUUCCACGUAUCUGUCACAUGUGGUUGUUCGGCGAACAAAUAAAAUUCAUAGCCUCCUAAUUGAAGCUAAAAAAUUGUAUAGAAGAGUUACUCAAUUAAGAUCAGCGCCAGCUCAGCAAAAGCGUACAAAUCUUGGUUUUUCUAGACUUUUUGGCGGGAAAACCAAUGUCAUAGAGGAAUAUCAAAAGAAGUUAGAGGACAUUGAGGAGAGUGUGAGAUUGAAGCAGUCAGAGGCUUCAUUGGAAGGAGAAGAGGCUCGAGCUGCCUUUGUGUUCUUCAGGUCUCGUUUGGGUGCUGCAACUGCUUUUCAUUUAAAGCAAUCAGUCAAUCCCACCCACUGGAUUACUGAGCUAGCUCCAGAACCUCGAGAUGUGUACUGGCCUUUCUUCUCGGAAUCAUUCAUGAGAAGAUGGAUUUCUAAGUUGGUGGUUAUUGUUGUGUGUGCUCUUUUCACUAUUUCAUUUCUUUUACCUGUAGUAUUCGUACAGGGGCUUACCAACCUUAAUCAAUUGGAAAUUUUGUUUCCUUUCUUGACAAGUAUUCUAACCAUAAAAAUUUUCAAUGAAAUAGUGACGGGAUACCUUCCCAGUCUUAUUCUUCAGUUAUUUCUGAAAGUGGUGCCUCCAGCCAUGGAAUUCCUUUCUUCCAUUCAAGGAUACAUCUCACAUAGUGAUAUAGAAAUGAGUGCAUCUAGAAAAGUGCUGUGGUUCACAAUCUGGAAUGUGUUUUUUGCAACUGUAUUUUCUGGCUCAAUUCUAUCCAUGCUUAAUGCCCUCCUUGAUCCGAAGAACAUUCCUGGGAAGCUGGCAGUUGCAGUUCCAGCACAGGCAUCGUUUUUUAUUACCUAUGUUGUCACCCAAGGUUGGACAAGUGUAUCUUCAGAACUCUUCCGUGUAAUUCCUUUUAUUUUCAGUUGGAUAACGAGGCCUUUCACAAGUCCAGAUGAUGAUGAAUUUGAAGUUCCAUCUAUUCCAUAUCACAAGGAUAUUCCGAGGGUCCUUUUUUUUGGACUUCUUGGCAUUACAUAUUUCUUCCUAGCUCCAUUAAUUUUGCCAUUCCUCUUGGCCUACUUUUGUCUUGCUUACAUCAUAUAUCGAAACCAGUUUAUAAAUGUAUAUGCGCCUAAGUACGAUACAGCUGGGAAAUUUUGGCCUAUUAUACACAAUUCAAUGAUAUUUUCUCUGGUACUCAUGCAAGUUAUUGCAGUGGGAAUCUUUGCAUUGAAAAGGCUUUCUAUCGCCUCAACUUUGACAAUGCCUCUACCAGUCCUUACACUUCUGUUUAACGAGUACUGCCGAAAACGAUUCCUACCCAUAUUUGUUGCAUACUCUGCAGAGAGUUUGAUAAAGAAAGAUAGGCAAGACCAAAAUGAUGCUACAAUGACACAGUUUUAUGAGAAUUUGGUAAAUGCUUACAAAGACCCUGCACUGCUUCCACUCCAGUACUCAUCAAACAAUGAUAAUCUUCGCACUCCCCUAAUAUCCCAGCCUUAA